CUGAACCUGAACGCACCGGAGCUAGAGCUGUUGUCAAGAGAAGCGUUGCUAACCCUCACGGCUGUCGGCUUCAAAGUGGAGAUAAGUUUGGACAUUUUUCGGACUGAAAACAUUUUUCCCUGGAAAUGUUGGGCUACAUCUGGCAGUAUGUUUACACAUCCUUCCUGAGAUACUGGUUGAAGUGGCUCAUCAGACAGGCAACAGGAAAAUGUGAGCUGCAGAGAAUAUGUUCUGAAUGCAAACCUGGAGCAACAAGGACAGCUAAAGCAGAGUACUCUCUUCGCUCUUCAAAGAGCAAGGUCUUAAGAGGAGCCUUGGAAACCAGUAAGGAUAAUUUAGAGCAAUGUGUGGAUCAAAUUAUGAAGGAAAAGAAUGUCAAACCUCAGAAAGAUCCCCAGUUCAAGGCGAGUCUACACAUCUGUCUGCUACAGAUUACAGGAUAUAGCAGUUUGUAUGUAUCUGUAGAAGACUUGAGGAAGGAAGUUUUCAGCUCGGACAACCCUGAACACGAGGCCAUGCUUUUAAAGCUGUGGGACUUGCUGAUGCCGUCGGUCAAACUGGAGUCGAGGAUCACUAAACAGUGGGGAGACAUUGGAUUUCAAGGAGACGACCCCAAGACAGACUUCAGAGGAAUGGGCCUGCUGGGCUUAAUUAACCUUGUGUUUUUUAGUGAAAACUACACAGUGGAGGCUCGUCAGGUGUUGUCUCAUGCCAACCAUCCUAAACUAGGGUAUUCGUAUGCCAUAGUUGGGAUCAACUUGACAGAGAUGGCUUACAGCCUCCUGAAGAGUGGUGCUCUGAAACCACAUUUUUACAAUACGAUCCAAGGCACACCGGAGCUGCAGCAUUUUCAUCAGCUCUACUGUUAUCUGGCGUACGAAUUUGAUAAAUUCUGGGUGGCAGAAGAACCGGAGAGCAUCAUGCACUUCAAUCAGUACAGAGAAAAAUUCCACACAAUUGUGAAGACGCAUCUACAGGAGCCCGAUGCGUCUCUCACACUGACUGUCAGCUCAAAAAACUAACACUUUUCACACGAUGCGGCGUUCUAUCUGGUAGAAGGAAGGUUCGGCAUGAGCAAUGCUGACACAUUACAAACAGACUGCUGCUGGUCGAUGCCUCAUAUUCCUAAAGAUUCCAAACAAAUUAGUCCUCUUGCGUUUGGUUUUGUGAUUCAUUUGUGAUGCUCAGUCCAUCUUGUUCCAGUGACAGUUAAGGUAUUUAAAAUCGAGCACAAAUCUUAACACCUUAUACCUCAACAACGACCAUUCCAGUGGUUCAUUCACUCAUGAAGGGGAAAUGAGAGCUGCUGCAGAGGACUGUAGUGAUAAAAAUGGCUCUAUAUGUUGUAAGGCUUUAAGCACUUUCAGUGAGCAAGCAGCCAAAUUGUUGCAUUUAAAGGCAGUAAAAUGGUGAUGAACAACCUUAUUUUAGCUGUCUUGUAUUUAUGUGAACAAAGCCUGUGUGUUCUCACAUUAGUCCUGCUCAGGAAUUUAAUAUUUAUGUUCAGAGGUAAUGGCUGAAACUAAGUAUAAGGAAUGAUUUCCAGUUUUUGGCGCUUCAUUGUGGUGCUCUUAUCUUUAAAGUUGUGCAUGUUUUAACCAGUCCCCCACUGAUGUCAUUAAUAUCAUCUGUGUUAUGUAAUAUCAGUGAAAUGGUUGUGAGCAGUUGUUUUCAUACAUUUGUAUGUCUUAAGACUGAUACUGAACUUUUAUUAACUGUUAUUUUUAUGCUGUGAUUUGCUUUUGGAGGCAGGUUUGUAAAACUCACACAUCUUGCUGAGGGUUAAUAAACACAAAUUUGAUUUGAAAA